AUGUCUACUACUAAUAUAAAAAAUAAUGGAGAGCAACAAACAAAUUUAAAUCGUUCUUCCUAUGCUCACUUAUUGGCUGGAGGUCUUGCUGGUACAUUUGGUGCUGUAUUAACAUGUCCAUUAGAAGUUAUCAAAACUCGUUAUCAAUCAUCACAAAAUGCAUUUUCUCACGAAAAAAGUUAUUUGAACUUAAAAUCACCUAACAGUAAUACUACUAUUCCAUAUUCAAAAUUAGAAACUAAACGUCCAAGUAUAAUGGGUUCUCUUCGAAAUAUUGUUAAAUAUGAAGGUGUUCCAGGACUUUUUAAAGGUCUUAUUCCAAAUGUAAUUGGUGUUGCACCAUCACGAGCUAUUUAUUUUUUUGCUUAUGCAAAUUCAAAAACAUUUUUAGUUAAAAAAAUGGAAAAAGAAACACCUUUAGUACAUGUAACUUCGGCAGCUGUUGCAGGUAUUGCAAUGUCUACUUGUACGAAUCCAUUAUGGUUUAUUAAAACUCGACUUCAAAUUGAUCAGGGAAAUCUUCGUGCUGUUGAUCUUAUUCGUAAUGUUUAUCGUGAACAUGGUAUAUGGGGUUUUUAUAAAGGUAUUUCUGCAUCGUAUGUUGGUGUGUCAGAAACUAUUGUUCAUUUUGUACUCUAUGAGCAAAUCAAAGCUCAAUUUCAGUUAUUACAAUCACGUCGUUCACUUGAUGAUACAAGUCUAUAUAAUUUUGUAUCUUAUUUAACUGCUGCAGCAUGUUCAAAAUCAUGUGCAACAAUACUAUGUUAUCCCCAUGAAGUUGUUCGAACACGUUUAAGAGAAGAAGGAAGUAAAUAUCGAACAUUUAUGCAAACAUUAAGAACAGUUUAUUAUGAAGAAAGUGUAGCUGGAUUAUAUCGAGGUUUAUUAACACAUCUUAUUCGACAAAUUCCGAAUACUGCUAUUAUGAUGAGUACAUAUGAACUUGUUAUUGCAUUUCUUACAUCAAAUUCUCUUAUGUCAGCGGCACCAAUUGAAGUAACAACGAUACAAACAAAAAAAGUUCUUUUACGUCAAGUUGAUGCAGAAGCAAAUGCCUUUCUAAUUGGAAAUCUUAUAUUGAUGUGUUGUGGAUGGCAUAAUAUGGAUAAUAGUAAAUUUCAUUGUUGGCCUUCGAAUGCUUCAUCAGUAUUAACAAGUACAUUAGCACAACAUGGUUAUAAUUGUAAAGGUGUUCAUAUAGAUUGGAUUAAACCUCCGCCGAAGCAAGUUACUCAAGAUAUUCCAUUUAAUAUAUCUUAUUCAAUUGAUUUAUUACCUGACUUUUUUGAUUGGGCAAUUUAUGAAUUACCUAAACCAUUAUAUACAUUAUCAAAUCGAACAAUGAAUAACAGUCAAUCAUGGUAUCAUUGGUGUCAUACACAUGAAUCUACAUAUGAUAUUUCUGAUCCGAAAAUAGAAUCUGAUACUUGUUUAUGGCAUAUUAAUGUACAUGCAUGUGAAAUUGGUAGUUCUAUUCCAUAUUGUGGUCCAUGGAUACCACCAAAUGGUCAAAUAUAUCACAGUACAGUUAUGGCAGGACGUGCAGGACGUAUUUAUGAAAGUACUGUAGUUGUACCAAUAUUUGGAAUAGUAGAAAUUAUUGCUCAUUUUAAAGUUGGUAUAACAGAUUGGAUACAUAUUGCUUUAGUUAGUUCAAAUAUUCAAGUUAGUCGUAAAGCAAUUUGUGGAGAUAAAUUUUGUGAUAUAAAAUAUGAAAAUUGCUCCAAUUGUCCAUUAGAUUGUGGAAAAUGUCCAUUGAAACCUAUUCAUAUCGGUUUUAUUACUGCUACUUGUGUUCUUUUCAUUUCUUCACUCAUUGGAAUUGGUCUAUAUUUUAAAAUACAAGAACAACGUCUUCUAUGGGAUCCUAGUUGGAUUAUUGAUGUCAAAGAAGUUCAACCACUUCGUUCACAACAAUCCAAUAGUUUAACAUCAAUAAAUGAUCCACAAAAAACGAAUUUUACUAGACGACAAACAAGCGAAACAAAUUUAAGUAUAACUACGAAUAUAUCAACUAUAAGUUGUGUUCAACAAAUUUUUUGUCCUGCUGGUAAUUUACGACAUACUUGUGUAGCUAUUCGAAAAUAUAAACAUAAACAUUUUCAAUUAACACGUCGUAUACGUGAACAAGUUCGUCUUGUACGAACAUUAAAUCAUAAUAAUAUAUGUAAAUUUAUGGGUGCUUCAUUAUCACCGAAUGAAGUUAUUAUUUAUAUGGAAUAUAUGCCAAAAGGUUCAUUACGUGAUGUUUUACAAAAUGAAAAAAUACCAAUAACAUGGCCAUUUCGAUUUUCAUUUGCAAUGGAUAUUCUCAAUGGGUUAUCUUAUAUUCAUAGUAGACAUAUUAUUCAUGGACGAUUAAAUUCAUCGAAUUGUGUUGUUGAUCAACGUUUAACAAUUAAAAUUACAGAUUAUGGUCUUGAAAAUCUUCGUCUAACUACUCUUAAUACGAAUUCUUAUGUACAAUCAGCUGAAGCUUAUAAACGAGUUUAUUAUGCACCAGAAUUAAUUUCGAUUCAUGAAUUAAAAUUAACACCAUCAAUCGAUAUUUAUUCAUUUGGAAUUAUUUUAAAUGAAAUUGCAACUCGAUCAGAACCAUUUGGAGAUGAUGAUAUUGAAUCAAUUAUGAAAAUAGAUUACCGUCCAAAAAUAGCUUUAAUGACACAUGAUGUUAAUAAUGAAACUGAAGAAGAUUUUUGUCCAUUACCAUCAUCAUAUACACGUUUAAUAAAACGAUGUAUUAUGGAAAAUCCAUUUGAUCGUCCAACAUGUAAAGAUAUACAAAAAAGUUUAAAAAAAAUGUGUCCAUUACAAAUGAGUCCGAUUGAUUUAAUAUUUAAAAAAAUGUCAAUUUAUCAAACAAGUCUUGAACAAGCUGUACAAUUAAGAACAUACGAACUUGAACAAGAAAAACAUAAAUCGGAAAAUCUUUUAUAUAGUAUGUUACCAAAAAUUGUUGCUGAACAAUUACGAAUUGGUCAAAUUGUAACGGCUGAAUACUAUGAUACUUGCACUAUAUAUUUCAGUGAUAUUGUUGGAUUUACAAAUAUUGCAAGUCGAUGUAAACCUAUUGAUGUUGUAGAAUUUCUUAAUCGAGUUUAUACAACUUUUGAUACAAUUAUUGAUCGAUACGAUGUUUAUAAAGUUGAAACAAUUGGAGAUGCAUAUAUGGUUGUUUCUGGUGUACCAAAAAAGAAUGGAAAUGAACAUGCCUAUCAAAUAGCAACAAUGGCUCUUGAACUUAUUCGUCAAACAGCAAGUCAUUGUCUUAUACCAUAUUCACAAGAUGAAAAACUUCGUAUUAGAGUUGGUUUACAUUCAGGUCCUGUAUGUGCUGGUGUUGUUGGUUCUAAAAUGCCUCGAUAUUGUCUUUUUGGUGAUACAGUUAAUACUGCAUCGAGAAUGGAAUCGAAUAGUGAAGCAAAUCGAAUACAUAUGACUAAAGAUACAAAAGAAUUACUUGAUAAAACUGGUCGUUUUCUAAUUGAAAAACGGGGAACAAUGCCUAUAAAAGGCAAAGGUGAUAUGACAACCUAUUGGUUACUUGAAGAAUUAGAAUCAAAAAACGAUUUUGUAGAAAAAAAUUUAUUAUAUGUACAACCAAUAAGACUUCCACCGAUACAUAAAAAAGAUCUUUCAACAUCAUAUCUUGUUCCAAAUUCAACGAAUAUUUUCAUACCUAAUCGUUCACCAUCACCACGCAAAACGACGACUUUUAAUUUAAUCGCUUUAGAAUAA